CAGGUAUUCAGUUGGCGACAGUAUGCUGCAUAUUGGCAUUGAAAGAGCGCGCAAUCUCUCGGCGCUAUUCAUACCAGAUCUAUGCCAAGUGUAUAUAAAGGCGGCAUUGUUGCCCAGUGGACCCACGUCGGUUCUGACGUGUUGCACGAACCCAUCUCCGACCUCACCAAACCCAGGUUCGGCGAGACCUUCCCCCUCUGUGCUCUCAGCAAACUCUGCACGAAAACCCUGCAAGUCAACGUGUGGAGUUUGGAUCCUGAAGCUCACACUGAAUGCUUGGGUUGUGCCCAAGAAAGCCGCGACUUUUCGCCUGACACAACUUGCGUCAAGUGGUACAACAUUCUGAGUUUCCGGUUCAUGCAGGCGCCACCCAUGCCCCCUGUUAUGGGGGCCACCUGCCCCCAGUAG